AUGGUCAACUCCUCUCCAAAAAGAGUGCCAAGCAGAGAAGAUAGUAAUGACUUCUCUGAAGAACAAUCGUUAUUAAAGAAAGUAAAAUUCAAUGAUUCCAAUGAAAUAGUUGCAAAUUCUGAUGAAGUAGAUUCAGGUAUGAUUGAAGAGAAGUCCAAUAUUGAUGAGGAGCCUCAAAACGGACAAAAGAGAUCAUCAUGUUCUGAAGGAUUGCUAGCUGAUGGCAAUGAUGAGGCUUUACCAUUGGAGUCUUCGGUUGAAACUUUCUCCAAUCCAAACUUUAAAGAAGCAAAACGCAGUUUGAAUCAUUUGAAUGAUCGACUCGAAGCAGUCAUGAAUAAUUUCAUUACCGGGCUCUCUGAAAAGGUGAACAAAUUGAUUUCAGCAGUGCAAGAAGCAAGUGAGGCAAGAAGAGAUCAAUUGGAGCAACUGAUGAAAGAAGGAGAAGAAUUGCACAGAAAAAACCUUGAAACCAAUGGCCAGUUAGAAAAGGCAAAAGAACUCGCUCACCAGUUCUCCUUAGAAUAA